AUGCGCUCAACGUUUUCCUCACUUACUCUCGUCCUCCUGACGUCAGUCGCCGCAGCCCAGGCGCAAUUCGGCUUCUUCGAGCAAAUGUUCAGCGGCGGCGGCGGCGGCCAACAACACCAGCAGCAGCAGCAGCAGCAAAAUGUCCCUAGCGACUCGGUACACUACCGCCGACAAUACGACGGUUUACACUGCGACAAGUACCUCUGCCCGGACACGCUGGCCUGCGUUCACUUCCCACACCACUGCCCCUGCGCCUGGCCCAAUCACGAAGACAAGUUUGAACUCGCCGAAGGCCAGCGCAUCUGCGUUUCCAGAGGCGGGUUUGCCGAAGGCGAGGCUGCCCGGAAAGUCCAGUUGGCGCGUCAGGGCAAGCUGUGA